UGUAUCUUGACACCACCGCCGUCUAAUAAGAUAUGUGUAGCAUAAAUCCUGAGUAUACGCGUUGUCGUAUAAAGUAAAUGGGCUCUAAAACACUGUUUUAAAAAAAAGUAGAACGUAAACAUGGCGAGUGAAUCAGAUGAUUUCGACGAAAAUAUUGAAAAUUUUAAAUCAACGGUGAGGAAGUCUUUCGCACGGGUGUUUGCGGCUCUCAAAGCGAGGGAACUUAAAACUUUGAGACAACUCGACGCCCUACGUAAACAAUGCGAAGACAACAAAGACUUGAAGAGACAUUGUGUUCAAAAUAUCCAUAUAAACUUCGAUAACGAGUCUGCUUUGUUAGAAAAUGUAAGUAGUUACGGCGUUAUAGAUUUUGAGCGGCUGAACUUUGAUAGCAAUACUUUUACGUUGGAAGACUAUGUUAGUCCUAAUGAUGAUCACAUGUACUCGUACAAGACUAUUGAGGAUUUAACUAAAGAAGAAUUUGAGGACUUAGAAGCAAUAGAAGAGGCUGCAUUGAAAGAAAUCACUCGUACUGACGAUUGUGUGUGUUUUGUUGCUAUACGGACAGAAGAUGUCGCGAAAAAGUUUAGAGAUAUCAAUACGUCCCUAGUAAAAACACCCUGUGAUAGUGUAGCUGAAGAUAAGAAAGUUAAUGGUCCAGAGACUGAGGUAAAAGAAAACGAUGAAGAAGGAAAGAAUGAGAAUUCUGAUGAAGAAGAUGUAAAGAAAAUAGAUCCAACUGACGAUUGGUUGAACUCUAUCAAAGGGCAGACUGAGACAGAGCCGUCACAAGUAACAGAUGUAAUGGAACACAGUACUAUAACCUGUUCUUAGCAUUACAUAGAAGUAUCAAGUAGCACAGCACAUUAUUACUUAAUUUUUUACUUAAAAAUAAAUUUUAUAUUCUAUUUAAAAUUGGUAAUCUUAAUUAUUUAAUUCUCCAGUCUAUUGUAAGGCUCUUUUCUAUGUUCGUAGUUCCUUUUAGUUACAUAUUUAUAUUUUAUUUAUUCAGUUCAAAUGCUUUUUAGUUUUUAGUAUAUUUUAUAGUGUAGAUAUUAAAAUACUUU